AUGUACAAUAUAUUUCUCGUCGUUGGGGUUUGUCUUUUUGUGCAUGUACUUUGCCAGACGCCCUCCACCUAUUUUGUCAACCCUCCUGCCGCAGGAGACGAACUAUUCUUUGCGGAAAACAAAGCCUACGAUGUUGGUUCGGUGAUUGAUAUACAAUGGGUCACUGAUGAGGAUGACUACAACAUAUUCCUAUGGCAGCAAAGCCUUGGUGUCCAAUCUGCCGCCGCAGGUAGCAGCCCAAUAUACACCAAGAUACUCGGCUCAGAUGAAGAAGGAGGGUUCUCCUGGACAGUCACAUUGCAGCAAUUCAGCCUCAAUCAGUCCAAUGUCUUCUUCCUGGCUUUAACGCCAGCUGGAGCACAGGAUCUGAAUGGGGCGACAACCUCCCAUUACAUCAACUUGACCGCUGCCCCAGAUAUAGCACCGGUGGUAUCCUCCCCAACGUCUUCUACACUGGCUUCCUCGAUUCAAGUCACAUCUACGUUGAUACCAACAAUGACAGCGACGGUCACAUCCACACCUCAGCCGGUUCCUCCCGCGUCACAAACCACUGGCACGUCCUCUUCCUCAUCAAGCACGACGAUUGGUGUUGGCGUCGGCCUCGGACUUGGCAUACCUCUACUUCUGCUUAUCGGCUUCAUCGCAGUACCACGACGAUACCGCAGGAAACUCUUCGCAGCCAAGCCGCCUUCGUAUGCCAACAGUAUUGAGAGGGACAAUGUGUAUAGUAUUAGCGCCCAACCAGCCAAGGGCUACAUUGGUGAGCUACCUAGCAGAGAACUGGGUCGGCCUUCUCUUGAAACUCGGCAAAAUAUGCAUGCAGAAGCGGUGGAAUUAGAUGGAUGGCAAAUGCGGAUGUCAAGAGCAGGCCGUGCACCUGCAAACAACAGCUGA